AAAAAAAAAAACUAAAAUAAACAAAAGGGUCGGUGAAGAUAUUGCCAUAACAACAACCUGCCUCAAACUAUUAUUUUCUCUUCCAUUUUCGUUACCUCAAAUCUUUCCCGGAAAACAACAACCACAACAUGCUUGCUCCUGGACUUAAACCACAACAAGAACAUCCUUUUCGUUUCCACGAUGGGAUUGGGUCAAGAACUGACCAGAGAUAUGACAGGUGGGAAAGGAUGAACUAUGCAUGUUCUUCUCCAAAACCAACUGGAAACCAUGGAGACCAUGAUUCUGGGGUCAUUUCACCCCGUCUUUGGACGACACCAAGCCCACCCAGAAGCCCAAAUCACCAGCGAGCACAUUACCGGAGUCUAUCGCCGGCGUCUCGGACCCAAGCCAUCGCCAGAGGUCAGAAGGAGCUGAUGGACAUGGUUCAGAACAUGCCCGAGUCGUGUUACGAACUGUCCUUAAGAGAUCUCGUAGAGCAGCCCGUAGUGGCCCAAGCUCGGCACAACGAGGAGAGUAAUGCAAAUCUAACAAGAAACGAUAGUCAGAAGAAAAGGAACGGUGAUUUUGGGAAUAAGGGAAAAGAGAUGAGAAGAAGUGGAACUAUGGAAAAUGAAGGGCUUCUUUUAAAAAUGGUUUUUCCUGUUUCUUUUGGAUCAAAGCAGAAGAAGAAGAAGAAGAAGAAAACAAUGAUGACGAACAGAAAUGAUCAGUCCAUUUUGGUUAAUAACAGUUCCAAAGUUUCUCCAAAACCUUUGGUGUCUGAUGGAUCUAAAGCUGGUGGCAGUAAUAGUGGUGUGGAUAAAGAGUGGUGGAAGAAGAGACUUUCAGUGUCUGGAGAGAGUGAAAAUGGUGAUCAAUCGAGUCUUAACAGUGGUAGCAUGAAAAGCAGUUCUGGCAGCAGAAGCAGCAGUUGCAGCAGUAGAAGCAGCAGAAGCAGCAGGCAUGUAAGAGGUGGAUGCUGGUGGUUUAUAGGCAAGAAGAGAAGCAAAGACACAGAAUGAUUGAGGGGAUUCCAACCAAGUGAAGGAUUUUAUUAUAUAUUUGUCUAAUAUAUAGUAUUCCUUCCAACAAAGCUAUAUAUAUGUGGUAAAAUAUUUCUGGAAAAGAUUGAUGGUGUCUUGUGUAUAUUCUUAGCAUAAAGUUUUCCCAAAAGAAAAGAAAGAAAUGGGGUUUAUAUUUUUGUUCUUUCAUUCAGAUCCCAUCAAUUCCAGCCUUUAUCUGUUAGAUAUACAUGAUUUAUUAGUUUUGCUUCAAUUGUGUGUACUUACCGAGUUUUAAAAGCUAGAAAGAAGCUAUGGAAUGAACAAAUCUAAUGUUGAGAA